UUUUCCGUUUCGGACUUCGCGGAAGUCGACCCAAAGCCCGCGCUCCCCCCGCGCUCUGUAGCUGUGCACAUCUGCGUCUUGGCGGCAAGUAUAAUAUUAAUUAUAAUAAUAAUAUCAUUUAAUCGUUGUUCUAUCGCGGACUGCAGUGCCGUGAGUCGCAACUUUACUGAUCGAUUAUCUGUAUCCAUUAUUGUUAAUAACAAUAUUAUAGUUAUUAGUUAUUACAUCUUUUUGUCGGCAACCGCCUUUUUCCCAUCAUACGACGCUCAUUGAGUAGGUACUUGUUUAGCUGUUUAAAAAAGUUAAAUAUAUUUUAUAUUACGUGUUAUUUGAACAAAAAGAAAUGGAGUACAAAAGUGGAGAAUUCUCGACUCCUUCAGCUGUUAAACAGAGACAAACCAAAAAACGUUGGGUUAUUGCGACAUUUCCGGACAGCAAUAACUUCAGUGUCAUACCAACAAAUUGGGUUUUGAAAACGGUUGAUGGUAGUGGAAAUAUAUUGGUAAAAUGUGUGUGGCCCCCAUCCACUUUACAAGUAACAAGUGAUGUCCUAAAAGAAGGUUUAGAACCGACAGAUAAUUGGGGUACUUAUCGGAUAAAACUUCAUGAAAAUGGGAAAGAGUAUAGUGAUUUUGGAAAAGCUUGGCACACACAUGUAACGCUAUCUGACCAGUCAGCAUCUGAAGUAGAACAGCAAAUAAUAAAUAAAACAAAAAACAAAAGAAUGUGGGGUCAGUCAUCAGUCAGUCAGAUAGUUGCAAAUUCAGAUACCUCAAGUGAUGAAGAUAUCAACAUUUUACCACAUUCAAAAAUAGUCAAAAGUUCACAAACUGCUGUUUUGAGUGAACAAAACAUUGUAGAAACUAUUGGAGACACCAAUUCUGGGCCUCAGUAUUGCCAAUUAAAUAACAUCAACUGCAUACCAUCAUCGAGUAGAGCAAAUGAAUUGAUGAAUAUGCCAGAGCCUCGCCGUUUUAACAUGCCUGAGGUAAUAGUUAAGUAAUAAUCAUUUUUAGGAACUUAAAUAAAUCACUAUACUCUCAACCUACUUAAAAGCAAACACUAAAAAAAAAUUCUAAACUUUUAUACAUAUUUUUACAGUAGGUACAA